GUAUGGUUGGUCGGUUGUUGUUAGCUUGCCUUCAGUUUCUCACCCGGCAGCGGCAUCAGUGGAUCCAAUGAGGUGACGCCGCGUUCCGGGCCCGGUAGCUGAGAGCGAGCCGGUGAUAAGGGGAACAGAAAACGGCAAAGUGUGACACAAAGAAGCUCUGAAUCAAGACAAGACCAGGACAAACUAGUCUCAGAACCCGCCCGGAAAAGCACAGUCAACACUGGUCGGCUAGUCAGGCAGCUCAUCAUGGCGGGGGGGAAGCUGGCACCGCUCGUUCUCUUCGGCCUUGUUCUGGCGAUGUUGCCCUCUCACACAGUGACUGUAGCCGUCAUGUCCAUUGACCUGGGCAGUGAGUGGAUGAAGGUGGCAUUAGUGAAACCUGGCGUGCCGAUGGAGAUUGUCCUCAACAAGGAGUCCAGGAGGAAAACGCCCAUGGCUGUAUGUCUGAAGGAGAAUGAAAGACUUUUGGGAGACGGUGCACUGGGAGUGUCUGUGAAGAACCCCAAAACGGUUUAUAGACACCUCCAAGGCCUCCUGGGCAAAAGGCAUGAUAACCUCCAGGUGGCGCUCUACAAGAAACGUUUCCCUGAGCACCAGCUGCUAGAAGACCCAGUGAGAGGCACAGUCUACUUUAAAAACUCAGAAGAAAUGCAGUUCACACCUGAGGAGCUCCUCGGGAUGCUGCUCAAUUAUUCUCGAGGACUCGCUCAGGACUUCGCAGAACAACCAAUCAAAGAUGCAGUGAUCACCGUCCCAGCCUUUUUCAACCAGGCAGAGCGCAGGGCAGUCCUGCAGGCUUCACAGAUGGCAGGUCUAAAGGUCCUUCAGCUCAUCAACGACAACACAGCUGUGGCCUUGAACUAUGGGGUGUUCAGGAGGAAAGACAUCGAUAAUACUGUUAAGAAUGUGAUGUUUUAUGACAUGGGCUCAGGCAGCACAACUGCCACCAUCGUCACUUAUCAGACUGUCAAAACCAAGGAGGCCGGCACCCAGCCCCAGUUACAGAUCCGAGGAGUCGGGUUUGACCGUGGGCUGGGGGGCUUUGAGAUGGACCUUCGUCUCCGGGACCAUCUAGCCAGACUGUUCAAUGAGCAGAAGAAGAGCAAGAAGGAUGUGAGGGAGAACCACCGGGCCAUGGCCAAGCUCCUCAAAGAGGCUCAGAGGCUCAAGACAGUACUAAGUGCAAACUUGGACUUUAUGGCCCAGGUGGAAGGACUGAUGGACGACAUAGACUUCAAAGCUAAGGUCACCCGGACUGAGUUUGAAGAGCUGUGUGCUGAUCUCUUUGAAAGAGUGCCGGGUCCGGUGCAGGAUGCUCUCGCCACUGCAGAAAUGAAGCUGGAUGAAAUUGAGCAGGUGAUUUUAGUCGGAGGCUCUACCCGUGUCCCAAAAGUUCAGGAAGUGCUGCUCCAAGCUGUGGGGAAAGAGGAGCUGGGGAAGAACAUCAACGCAGACGAGGCAGCAGCCAUGGGCGCCGUCUACCAAGCCGCUGCCCUCAGCAAGGCCUUUAAGGUCAAACCUUUUCUGGUGCGAGAUGCAGCGGUCUUCCCCAUCCAGGUGGAGUUCACCCGGGAGACGGAGGAAGAGGGGAUCAAAAGCCUUAAACACAACAAGCGUAUCCUCUUCCAAAGGAUGGCGCCUUACCCCCAGCGCAAGGUCAUCACAUUCAACCGCUACAACGCUGACUUUGCUUUCUACAUCAACUAUGGCGACCUCAGCUUCCUCAGUCAGGACGACCUCAGUGUGUUUGGCUCUCUGAACCUGACCACAGUCAAACUGUCUGGAGUUGGCGAAAGCUUCCAGAAGCACACAGACGCAGAGUCAAAAGGAAUCAAAGCCCAUUUCAACAUGGAUGAAAGUGGGGUGCUGCUGCUGGAUCGGGUGGAGUCCGUGUUUGAAACCGUUGUGGAGGAGAAAGAAGAGGAAUCAACAUUAACUAAACUGGGUAACACCAUUUCCACCUUGUUUGGAGGUGGAUCGUCAGAACCCGCCUCAAAUGUAACUGAACCUGCCCAGGAUGAGGAGGAAGUGCCUCCAGAGUCUGAAAAGGACAGCAAGGACCAGGACAGUAAGGACGAUGACAGUGAGGAGAAGGCCCAGAAGGAUGAGGCUGUCAAAGAGAAGCAGGACGAUUCAGAGAAAAGUCCCGGUGAAGAGAAAAGUCAGGAGAAGACGGAGGAGGCAGGAAGCAAGACUGAUGCCAAGGAGGAGGAUGGAGAUAAAUCUGGGAACGCAGAAGCAGAGAAAGAUGUAGAGAGGAAGCCAAAACCUCAAAAAAAGAGCAAGAUCGCUGAAGACGUCACAGUGGAACUCAUCGUCAACGACAUCCUCGACCCCACGGCAGAUGAUGUCACUUCCUCUAAGAAAAGGCUGCAGGAUUUGACAGACAGAGACCUGGCCAAGCAGGAAAGGGAAAAGUCACUAAACAGUCUGGAAGCAUUUAUCUUUGAGACACAGGACAAGCUGUACCAGGACGAUUACCAGCUGGUGGUGUCGGACGAGGACAAAGAGCAGAUCUCCUCCAAGCUGAGCGAGGCGUCGGAGUGGAUGGAUGUGGAGGGCUACGUGGCCACCACCAAGCAGCUGAGAGAGAAGCUGUCUCAGCUGAAGAGCCUGUGCAAGGACAUGUUUUUCAGGGUGGAGGAGCGACGCAAGUGGCCGGACCACCUGGUCGCCCUGGACAGCAUGCUCAACACCUCCAGCUUCUUCUUGAGGAGUGCCAAACUGAUCCCAGAGGAUGACCAAAUCUUUACUGAAGUUGAGCUGAACACUUUAGAAAGAAUGAUCAACGAAACAACGACGUGGAAGAACGAGACAGUAGCAGAGCAGGAGAAACGCUCUCCAGUGGAGCGGCCCAUCCUGCUGUCCAAAGACAUCGCGUCCAAGCUGUCUCUGCUGGAUCGAGAGGUGAACUACUUGCUCAACAAGGCCAAGUUUGCGAAGCCCAAAGCUAAAGCCAAAGCCAAGAACAGCACCAGCUCCGAUAACAGCAGCAAGGCCAACAACACGGCCGAGGAGAAAGUCAUCCCCCCCACAGAGGAGAGCGCCGACACCAAGACAGAAAACCCAGAGGAGGUGCAGCAGGGCGAAGCCCCGCCCACUGAAGAGAGCACUGCACACACAGACAGCCAAUCAGAGCCCACAGAAGAAACAACAACUACAGGACCAACGGAGAAGGCCCAACCCGACAACCACAUAGACGAUGAAUUAUAACAGCUGGAACUGGGAAAAAAUGAUCACUAUAUUUAUUGACAGUGUAUAAAUAUUUGAGUUCCUCCUCACUCAGUUUUCUUCAGUUUAUUUUUUCUUUAAUUUCAUUUUCAUGUCCUUGUUUAUUGAUCUGCUGGAAGUUGAUUAGAUAAGGAUUGGAGACCACAGACCCCCCCCCCCCCCCUCCUCUUUUGUCUUUUAUGGAUUCUAUAAGCAGUGGACACCUAAAAACCAUGAACAAGCAGUUCAACGACAAAAAAUAGCCUAAGACCACAGAUUCAGGUCCAGACCAAAAACUUUCUCACGUCUAACAGAAGAUCACAUCCAUGCUGAUGGAGAUGGGAAGUGUGAGCAGCACUCGGCCAUAUUCUAACUAUAUGAACACUUGACCAGGCUGAGUUCUGUUAUGAUCUGGUUUGUCAUUCAUGAACAUGAACUUUAUCCUCUGCACUAUUUUAAUCAACCAUGCUCUGUUGUUGUUAGGUAAGUAUUCGUCCUAACACCUGCACCUGUACACACUCCUCAUGGCUGCUGAGUACCGGUAAGUGCACCACUAAAGGGUCCUCAUCACAGCUGAGGGUGAAGGUGGGGGGGGUCAGAGGAUUCUCAAUAGAAUCCGAUCCAGAAAUGAUUUGGCCACAUCAUUUGUAGUUAUAUUUGUAAACCAUGACAAAAAGGAAAGGCAAGUAAUUUACAUAGAGUUAAUUUGAAUGGCCAUCUUUAAUCGUAGAAUUAAGGACAACUCUGUCUACUUAACAACAACAGCUGGUGUACUUGGGUGGAACUUCUUUACUGUUGAACGUCCAACAUUACACACCCCCUGUAGUUAAUUUACAGUUUGAUUUUCUAAUUAUUGCCUGAAUCAUAAUAACCUCCUAACAUUGCAAAAAAAGCAGCCUGUCCAUCAAGUAGCAGUCAGUGUUAGUGAUUGACCUCUCAGCAGCUCCUGUAUGGGCACACUGAAAUAGUUCUAAAACUGAUCUGCAAGAUGAGGAUGAUCUCAAAUUUAAACCGUGUCUCCACAUAUCUGCCACCCAUCAUUUUUCUGUUUUUCCCCCAUCAUCCAGCUGGAUAUACUAAAAUGACUGAAUUAGGUUUUCUAAUGUUUCAAUGACGGUGGUCAAACUCCAUGUUUUCAAAGCCUCAUGAGCUGCUAAACGUUGUAGAAGAGGUGGUGUGUUAGUGUCCUCACUGUUCUUUACCUCAACAUGCCCUGCGGUGCAGAUUCUUGCUCAGAUGUUGGCUCCAUUUUUUCCGUUAAAGCGGGUUGGGGGACUUGGAUCAGGACUUUGGGGCUGCUGUGUGCUUCUGUGUUUGCAGCAAAACAAAAAGUCAGGAAUGGGAGACGCAAACAAUGUUGUGUUUCAAAAUUGUUAAUAAAAAAACUUUUUGGUUUUUA